CACCCGGUCUUGGCGGCAGCUGCCACUUAUUUAGGUACCCAGGCACUGCUGCCUCCGCCCUUCCCUCUUGUCAAAAACCAUCAGCCACCAACACCACAACACCAACAAGCGAUGCCUCCCAUUCGUCCAGGAACCCACCUUAGGGCUGAGCAGGCUGCAAAGCGUCCUCCAGCACGUGAACGCGAGCUUGAGAUAGAGCUUAGAACUUUGAGACGUGAGCUAGAGGAUGUCAAAACAGCGUACCAGCGGUAUCGCGAGGAUGCAGAGGAACUACAGUACCAAGACAGCCUUAUGGAGAUCGAUGAAGAUAAUGCUGGGACCUUAAAGAUCGAACGUCAGGAACUGGAUCCAGCAUCUGUUGAUGUUGCUACCAACACUACCAGGGAACUAAACGACAAGGGAUGCAGUCUCAACUCCGCAGAUCUUGAAGCAUAUCAGCGAGUUCGCAACAUCUUGCUGUCUGGAACACUUGCUGCAACUGGGGUGGUCCCAGAGCAUACUUUUAUCAAGGACUACCCAGGGCAUGACUGGGAAGACGAGGAACGGCCCCCACCUGGUUCCACUAGUGCUCGGCCAGGCCAAGGUGCUUGGAUGUGUAAGAAUCCACACGCAUAUGGGAACUGGUAUGUUGGGAGCAAGAGAAAGUCGUGUCCGGCCUGUGGGCUUAGUCAGAGUUCUUCAGUUCUUAAGACAAUGUCUUGGGACUUACAGAAUAACGGCAGGGGCACUGGUUUCGUGCUCUUCCGAAGGAACACUGGGUGGACCCCAGACUUUGAGGGGGCAAUUUCCCGAAAAGGAACUAAAGUUGCUCGAGGAGGUAAGGGACCAUACAGACAUUUCCACGUUGCGCGCCUGUGGGCAGCAAUGCGGCACCAGUUCCCUAUGCUUUCUGAUAAGGAACUCCAAGACUACUGCAGUCGCCCAGUAUAUCUUAAGGACCUUACUGAGACUGAGAGACUGAUGAACAUCAUUCGUCAGUCACGAGGAACAGGCCAGGAGGCUGAGGCCUCUGCAGCUGUGGAGCCGAAGGGCAGGAACAUACAUGAUGCCAUUGUAAUUGACGAUAGCGAUGGCGACGAGUUCUGAGCAAUCAGAGUUCAUUGGGAACGUCUCCUAUACUGUUUAGUGGUUUG